GCCGUCAACCCUGCGUGAUUGGGGCCGGUGGAGAAGGUGGCUGGAAGGGAAGCCGCCUCUGUGGCCAACGGAGGACGAGGCGGCCAGGUCCUCAGCCCUGUCCCUGGGCUCAUCGUUGUCGUCAUGGCUACCUUCAGCCGGCAGGAUUUCUUCCAGCAGUUGGUGCAGGGCUGCGUGGUCCCCACUGCCCAGCAGGGCCUGGACCAGCUGUGGCUUCUGCUGGCUGUCUGCCUGACCUGCCGCCUCCUUUGGAGACUUGGGUUACCCCCAGCUGUGAAACAUGCUAGCAUGGUGGCCGGGGGCUUCUUCAGCCUGUACCACUUCUUCCAACGGCACAUGGUGUGGGUAGUGCUGCUCAGCCUCCUGUGCUACCUGGUCCUCUUCCUGUGCCGACACUCAUCUCACCGUGGGGUCUUUCUCUCUGUGACCAUCCUCAUCUACCUGCUCAUGGGGGAGAUGCACAUGGUGGAUACUGUGACCUGGCACAAGAUGAGGGGGGCCCAGAUGAUCGUCGCCAUGAAAGCCGUGUCCCUGGGCUUUGACCUGGAUCGGGGUGAGCUGGGUGCAGUGCCCUCCCCUGUGGAGUUCAUGGGCUACCUCUACUUCGUGGGCACCAUCAUCUUCGGGCCCUGGCUUCACUUCCGCAGCUAUCUCCACGCUGUCGAGGGCCGACCACUGAGCUUCACAUGGCUGGGGAAGGUGGCAGGGAGCCUGGCCCGGGCUCUCCUGUGCUUGGUGGUUUCCACCUGCGUGGGCCCCUACCUCUUCCCUUACUUCAUCCCACUCUACGGGGACCGGCUGCUGCGCAGCAAGAAACGCCAAGUGAGGGGCGCUGUGGCCAGGUGGCUGCGUGCCUACGAGAGUGCCAUCUCAUUCCACUUCAGUAACUACUUUGUGGGUUUCCUGUCAGAGGGCACGACAACACUGGCUGGGGCAGGCUUCACAGAGGAGAAGGACCACUUGCGGUGGGACCUCACUGUGUCGAGGCCCCUGAAUGUGGAGCUUCCCAGGUCCAUGGUUGAGGUCGUCACCAGCUGGAACCUGCCCAUGUCACACUGGCUCAAUUCCUAUGUUUUCAAGAAUUCCCUUCGCCUCGGCAAGCUCUCAGCCCUCCUUGUGACCUACGCUGCCAGUGCCCUCCUGCAUGGCUUCAGUUUCCACUUGGGGGCCGUGCUGCUCACUCUUGCCUUCAUCACGUAUGUGGAACAUGUGCUCCGGAAGCGGCUGGCUACCAUCUUCAAUGCUUGUGUCCUCUCUAAGCGCUGCCCCCCAGACUGUCCACACCAACACCGCACGGGUCUGGGCGUGCAGGUGCUGAACCUCUUCUUCAGGGCCCUAGCUGUCUUUCACUUGGCUUAUUUGGGCUCCCUCUUUGAUGUAGACACUGAUGAUGCCACUGAGGAACAGGGUUACGGCAUGUCCCACACCAUCCGCAAGUGGUCUGAGCUCGGCUGGGCCAGUCACUGGCUCACCUUCAGCUGCUGGAUCUUCUAUCGCCUCAUCAGCUGAGGGCCUUCCCCCACCUCCCCUUCUCUUUCUUCCCCCUCGUGGGUCCUCUGUACCUGCCCUGGGCACAUGCUGGAGUCCUGGCCA